GAAAAAAGUUUUAGGACGAAGGGAGUACAUAAAACUAUCCAAAAGCUGUUCUCCAACAAGUCCAUACCCAGUUGAAAUAUACGGAGUCCUCUUCAAAAAUACUCGUAAAAAAUAGGAGAGAGAGAAGCCUGAGGCUAGGAUUUUUAGAUCUGAAUCGAAGAGAAAAAGAAUGGAUGUGGUGAGGCGAUGGGGCGAUCCUCUAGAUGUGAAUGGUGGUUGUGGAGAGUUGAAUUUUCAACGUUCGGAUCGUCACGACCGAUCGAGGUUUAAGAUAGCUUCAUCAGAUCCGAUGGUGCAGCUGUUAGAGGAGAAGACAACCUUUCCAAAUGUAUCGAGUUUAAAGAUAGCCUCAUCAGAUCCGAAGGUGAAGCUGUUAGAGGAGAAGACAACCUUUCCAAAUGUAUCGAGGUUAAAGAUAGCUUCAUCAGAUCGAACUGUGAAGCUGUCAGAUGAGGAGACAACCUUUCCAAAUGUAUCAAGGCAUCGACAACAAUGUCUAAAAAAUUCCUUCUUUAACACCUGCUUCCAGUUCAUGAGAUCAUACAUCCACAAACCUUCCGCACCUAUUUCAGACGAAGAAAAUGAGAUUGGCAAACAAUAUCUUGAUACUGAAUACCCCAUUUAUUACCAUGCCUUCAAACAUGUGCCUAUUGUCUGGGUAGGCCACCAAUUGAAUCUUUUAGACUUGCUAGGUGAUAAACUCUUGUGUUUCUACAGUACCAGGACUCAAAACAUUCCUAAUCCUAGCAUUCAGCCCAACAACAGAUCCAGAAGUUAUGCGGUAAGCACCCCCUUAAACCUGAUGGGUAAAUAUGUUAUGAUUUGUUGCGUGUUUGUUCCUUCGAUAUGGUCUUCAGCCGAUGCGCGCAUGAUUUAUCACACAUCUUUAGCUUCUCACGAGCUCGCUAGAAGAGGCGAUUUUGCGCUGGUGGUGGUGCCAAUGAUGAGGAAUGGUUUCACUCAUUCCUUCUCUGCCUAUGAACACUUCUUUUCAGGCUUUUCCUGCCUUGCUGUCCCUUUCGGUGAAUAUCUUCGCCGUGAGUACAUUUGCUCGGUACUUGGUUUUGAUGGUCAGCCUAAAGCUUUGAUUCUUGAUCCAUCUCAGAGGGUGCUUUACCAUGGCCAGCCCGAGAUGUUUAGUCGGGUUGGAGGAGCUGAGGAUGGUGCUUUUCCCUUUACUCCGGAUAGAGUGGGUGCUUAUUUAUGCCAUGAACGUGGUUGGCAUGAUCACUACUCCCUCAAUGAGCUUUUGGGCCUUAGAGACACUGAUAACUUAAAAGAAAGUUUGUGGGGAUUUAUGUGUGCUUNCUUUGAUGGUAGCAGUUUAUAUGAGCUUGAGGCGGUUUACAAGGAAUGUUGUAAACGGGGGAAAGAGUGUGAGCUUGAGAUUGUGGUGGUGGGUGUUCCCUUUGUUGGGAUGGAGCCCCCAAAGUUGAUGGAGAAGUUUAUGAUUGAAGCUCUUGAGAGUGUUAAGCUGCUAGGCUGGUGGUUUUUGCCUUUCAACAACACUGUGAGCCAUAGGCUAUGUCGGAUGCGAAGUGACAGUCAGGAGGAUGGCCUUUUCAUUGUGGAUCCUGUUAGAAAGUAUGUGGAUGUAUACGGAUUUCCAGUCAUGGCUGACUUUGGCGGCGUGGACGCUUAUCCCUUCAACAGGAGGAAUUUGAUCGAGAAGGAGUUUGAAAGGAAAAUGGGACUGAGAUUGAAGUCAUUACUACAUUCCUGUUGGGAACAACAUGUAAUUAAAAGGCUCAAUAAUACAGAUGAGGAGGUUCCUUUGGCACAAGUGCUUGAGAAGAUGCCUUUUGUUGUUCUUUAUAUGUACAAAGGGGGUAAGGGAAAGGGGCAUUCAUCAAGUGUGGUGGUGGUUACUGUGAGCAUGGAUGGCAUUGAUGGUGAUACUGAUUGGUUCCUUGAAACGGGGUGGUCGGUGUGCCGUGCAGACCCAUUCAAGUCAGCCAAAAUUCGCGAUGAAUACUUCUUCCAUCGUCAAUGUAGGCCAGAUGAGGUGGUUGUUGCAUUUUGGGAAGAUGGUCGGAUUCAAUCUUUGGACGCGUCUCAUAUCAUGGAAUGUCAAGCCCCUCCUUUCCAUGCCAAUAAUCUACGCGCGGAGAUUGCUAAGGAAUUUUAUAAGACCGGGUUUCAUUACAUGUAUCAUGCUGCAGCACUUUGACUACCUAGCUCCCAAUGCAUGUUACACAUCCCCACUUAUAUAUCGUCGUCCCAGGGGCAUGUUUGCAUUGACAAAACAACCAACAUUUUUGUACUCAUGGCUAUCAAGUCGUCGACUAUGCAUCCGGUUGCUGGGAAGGGACAAUUGACUGAGGCGACGGGAGUGAAGGACAGUGAAAUCCAAAUCUGAAAACCCUAAAAACCCUAACCCAGGGUGUAAGUAGAUCCGGUCCCUCUAGCCCAAGAGGGAAGGAGGUCUGCCCCCGCAGCCGUGCUCAUCCCAGCCGUCCUGUUUGAUUUACUAGUAAAUCUGUGAGCCUGCU